AUGUGUGUUCCUGAGGAGGAGUAUGGGGUAACCCAUAAGGUGGCCACACCCUAUCAUCCCCAAACAAGUGUCCAGGUGGAAGUUUCCAUCAGGGAGUUAAAGAGAAUUCCUGAGAAAACUGUAAAUGCAUCUAGGAAAGAUUGGUCUUUCAAGCUUGAUGAUGCAUUAUGGGCAUAUAGGAUUGAAUUUAAAACUCCUAUUGGCAUGUCUCCAUAUAGGCUAGUGUUUGGAAAAGCAUGUCAUCUUCCUGUUGAGUUAGAGCAUAAGGCAUAUUGGGCUAUGAAAUUUCUUAAGUUUGAUUGGCAAGAUGCAGGUACUCACAGGAAAUUGCAACUUAAUGAGAUGGAGGAAUUUCGUGAAGCAGCAUAUGAGAAUGCAUGGAUCUACAAGGAUAGGACCAAGAGAUGGCUCAAGCUCUUUCUGGGCAAGUUGAAAUCAAGAUGGUAUGGUCAUUUCACCGUCAAGCAGAUACAUCCUUAUGGCAUUAUGGAAAUUUUCAAGGACACUGAAGAAUCUUUCAAGGUUAAUGGACAUCUCCUGAAGCAUUAUGAAGAUGGUGGAUUUGAGAAGGGCAACUUAGUCCUUCAGUUUCAUAAGCCGAACUAG